AAGAAUAUACCUCGUGGGUGGACAAUAAUUCAAGAGACGGCCCAUCAUAGAACAUCAGUCACUAGAUGUCUGUUGUCAAAAUUUAUAGAGUUCUAAUUCAAUGCCAAAUCCUCCAUCUUCGUCCCUAAUCUGGAGCACAAGUUGUCGCUAUAUUCUCCUGGCAAGCGCAAUAAAAAAGCGAAAACACAAACUAAACUUCAACAAACAUUUUAUUUUCUAUCCUAAAUCAACAAAAUCAAACGAUAACGGUAGGAGCGUAUGGGUAGGCACUGUAUCCAGCGGCGUAGACAGAGGGUGCAGCUAUGUAGCUAGAGUAUGCCAGGGGAGCAGCAUAGGGAUAGGCGGCAUAUGCAGCAGGGGCAGCCACAACUGGAGCGGUGUAUGCAGCGGCGAGAACACUUGGUUUAGGGGCAGCCUUAGGCUCAGGGACAGCCUUGGCUUCAGGAGCGGCCUCGGGAGCUGGAGCGGCUACAGCCAGGGCGAUGAUGGCGAAGAAUACUACCUGAAAUAUUAA